CUCUCUCUCUUCUCUGAACCCUUUACAUAACUUUUUAAAAUUUCCUCACUCUUUUUCACAAGCAAUCCCUGAAGAGGGGAAAAAAAGAAGCCAAGUUUCCUCCCUCACCCAAAUCCAAUAUUCCACUAUCAUCUUCCCAUUUUGCUCAUUUGUGCUUCAAAGUCUCCUCACCCUUGACCUUGAUCUUCUUCUUCACCCAAUUUCUCAAAUGGCUUUACCACUCAGAUUUUAGGGUUUCCAAGUUUCUGGGUCUCUUCAAGUUCUUUCCUUUAAUGGGGUUUUGCCCCUUUUUCAGUGCUGGGUCUUGAACUGGUAAAAGGGUCAAGCUUGAUAGUGCUGGAAAAAGGAGAGGAAUCACUCACAUUGUGUUUGUCAAAAAGGGAGGGUUUUGCUUUGUGUUUUUGUUUUUGGGGGCUUUUGUGAACAGUGCUUGCUUUUUUGGAAGCUUAUUUCAGAAGCAAUUUGCCCCCUUUUGAACGUGAUUUGCAUUUACUGCUAUCAUGGACUCACACAAUGUUCUCUUUUUUUGAUCUUAUUUAUAGUGCUGCUUUGUUUUUUUAUUUCUUUUCUCUUUUUGGACUCGGAGCAAUUUUUCUUGUGAACCCCGUGAAUUUGGGUCUUUUAUGUAGGGAGUUGGAGUAGCUAGCCUUGUUUAUGUAAUGAAUUCUGGUAGAUCAAGUUGAUUUAUUUUAUGGGUAGCAUUGAUGAUUUAGCAUCACAAGCGUUUCGAUAUAAGGGGAAUUGGAUUGAUGGUGAUGGAUAUGGGAUGGGUAUCAACAGCUAUAGUUAGUUGUUGAGGAUGAUGUUUCGGUUAUAGUUGUAGGAGCGAGGUUUCACUUUCUGGGGUGAAUCUGAUGAGGCUUUGGUGAUGGAGGAUAUAGGGUUGUUCAAGCAAGGUUGGCAAUGGCUUCUGUCGCAGAAGGGUGCCUGCCGGCGUGCUCGAACUGCGGUGACUUGUUGUAGAGAUAGAACUGGCAUGUUCAUUGAACGGCAUUGGCCUGUGGUGUGCAGUGGCUGCUCCAAAUUGGGGAGCUUACUCAUGUUAUCAUUGGUUUAUUGGAAAGACUCUGCUUUAAGGGGCUUUCAGUCCUUCAUUAAGUUCGGUUCAGUGAUGCUUCUGCUUAUAAUGUGGAGCUGCUUUCUUUGUCUGACUUCGAUGCAUUGCUUGGUUUACGUGCUUGUUAGUAUGGGUGUUGCUGGAGUUGCUGUCCAAUACUUGGGUUAUACUCCUGGGAUUUUUAUUGUAGGGCUUUUUGCCAUCCUUAUUUUGUGGAUGUAUGCUAACUUCUGGAUAGCAGGAACGUUACUCAUAGUUGGAGGUUAUUUAUUCUCCCUAAAUCAUGCACGUUUAAUGGUUUUAGUUGGAGCUAUGUAUGCCAUGUAUUGUGUUCAAGUACGAGUGGGAUGGCUGGGUGUUUUCCUGGCUAUAAACCUUGCAUUUCUCUCUAAUGACAUCUUGAAUUUUCUACUCCAAUGGUUUGAUAAUUUGAGUGAAAGUUCGCAUGCUGAAGAGCAGAAGCAAUCAGAAACAGUUGUUGAAGAUGACUUCUCCGAAGAGUGUGAAUAUUCUAUCCCGACUGUUGAAUCUGAGAAUUUGCAAUCAUGUCAAUCAUCCAGUAAACCUCCUGUCACCACAUCAGUUGUUGAUAACAAGAAAGAACUUUCUGUUAACAAAGUUGUUAAAGAGCAAACAUGUUCAAUUGAUGAAAUGAGAAGGAUAUUGAAGAGUCUGAAUCAUUAUGAAGCCCUUGAGUUUAUCCGCCACAAAAAGAUUGAUGCAGCAGAUUUGAAAAAGGAAUACCGGAAAAAGGCUAUGCUUGUGCAUCCUGAUAAAAAUAUGGGCAGUUCGUUGGCAAGUGAGUCAUUUAAGAAGCUGCAAUGUGCAUACGAGGUUCUUUCUGACCCUGUGAAGAAGCGAGACUAUGAUGAGCAAUUAAGAAAAGAAGAAUCCAUGACUAUAAGUGUCUGCCAGAAAUCCCACAGUAGUUCACAUCAGGAUAAUACUGACUAUCGGUCUGAAGAAUCCAGGCGUAUACAGUGCACUAAGUGUGGGAAUUCACAUAUUUGGGUGUGCACUAACAGGAGUAAGGCCAAAGCAAGAUGGUGUCAGGACUGCUGUCAGUUCCAUCAGGCCAAAGAUGGAGAUGGAUGGGUUGAAUAUAAAGGGUCUUUGGUUUUUGACAAGCCUCAAAAGGUGGAGAUUCCACGUGCUUUUGUUUGCGCGGAGAGCAAAAUUUUCGAUGUGUCAGAGUGGGCUAUUUGUCAGGGAAUGGCUUGUAGGCCUAACACCCAUCGUCCAAGCUUCCAUGUAAACAUGGUUGGCUUGGAGAAAAGCCCGCGCUGCAACUCAAGUAGAUUCCCAUGGGAUUUGGACGCUGAAAUGAUGAUGGAUGAAGAUGAAGAGGCGUUUGACUUGUGGCUUCAGCAGGCUCUGGCAUCUGGUUUCUUUUGUGAGACCUCCAAACGCAGGAAGAGUUGGAGUCCUUUCAAAUUGCCUCAGAAGAAAGGGAAGAAGCAAUGGCGAAGAACAUCAUGCUGAAAGCUGAACUCUCUGCGGGGAUUAUUCACAGUUCAUUGCUCAUCCCUAAGGGAUUGAUGGAGUUUAACUUUUUGUUGGAAAGAGGUGGAUUGCUGAGAUCAAAACAAGAAGGACUAGCACCACUCAGAACAAGGUGCCUUAUCUCAUCCAAGAUAGAUGAGAUAAGAGCCUUGUGGGGUAAAUUACAUAGCCAGGGUUGACAAGUUGCUUUACCAUAUUUCAUAUCCCUAUAUAUACACUACCGGUAUUAAAAGUGCAAAAACCUUGGUUAACAGAACUGAGCAUGCUUCUGGUUCCUAGUUCUUACUGUAUCCUUGUUCUUAUAUUUGAUGGUGGUCUUUUUGAGGGUUAUCUGGGACUACUUUUGGUUCUUUGUAAAUACAUGCUAAUAAAAAUUUCUCACAUGGCUUCUGACUUGGUUA